ACAGACUCAACCUGCAGCUUUUCAUCUAGAGGAGAACUCUCCAUGUUCUCAGACAUGUUCUUUAAGAUUGCCUUCUUAUUUCUCAUCCUGGUGUUUUGGGGUCCGGUUCAUGGCGGGCCCCAGACAAACCUCCACCCCAACAUAACAGACCAGGAGCUGUUCUGGGGCAGCGACCAGUACGACUUCUCGGUGGUGCUUCCUGCUGCAGGGCUGGAGUGUUUCUGGCACUUUGCUCAUCGUGGAGAAAGAUUCUACCUGCACUUCAUGGUCCAGUGGGUGACGGGAGUCGGCCAUGAUAGACACCUGUCCGUCACCGUCAACGCUCCCGGCGGUCUCAUAGUGUCGAAUGUUGAUGAUGCCAAGGGUCAGAUCAACUUUGAGGCCGAGGAAACAGGUUUCUACCAGAUGUGUUUGAGCAACUUCCACAACCGCUUCGGCACCAUGCAGGUCUUCCUCAGCUUUGGCGUUUACUAUGACGGCUUCAAAGACCCCAGCAAGCGCAAAGAGGAAGAGAAGAAGAAGAAAGAGGAAGUCAGCAAAGACCUGAACAACACACUGAGCGUCAUACAGGACGCGACUCACAAAGUGGAGAACUACGUCUUCCACAUGUUCCGCUACUACAGCUUCGGCCGCAUGAGGAAGAGUGCCGACUACUUCCUGCUCCUGUCCAACUCGCGGUACAUCACCUGGUGGUCAGUGGCGCUCAGUCUCCUCAUCGUCACCUCCGGGUACCUGCAGCUCCUCUUCCUCAAAAGACUCUUCAUCACCAAGACCGAGGAGGAGAAGCCUCGCUGCUGACACACUGAAAUCAAAAUGUGUCUGCAUGUAGGAUCACUGCAUGUAUUCUUUCUGGUGUUGUGUCUGUGCAGCUGAGCGUCGUCACACAGCAUGAAUAAACUUCACUGUGAG